AUGGGGACGCUGGGCACAGGGGACAGCAUGUCCCCGCGGCAUAAGCUCUUCGGGAAGCGGCUGCUCCAGGCUGGGCGCUACAUCAUGUCCCACAAGGCCUGGAUGAAGACGGUGCCCACGGAGAACUGCGAUGUGCUCAUGACUUUCCCCGACACCACCGACGACCACACGCUGCUCUGGCUCCUGAACCACAUCCGCCUUGGCAUCCCCGAGCUCAUCGUCCAGGUCCGGCACCACAAGCAUACCCGUGUCUACGCCUUCUUCGUCACCGCCACCUACGAGAGUUUGCUGCGUGGGGCCGAUGAGAUCGGGCUGCGAAAGCCGGUGAAAGCCGAAUUCGGUGGAGGCAUGCGGAGUUUCUCCUGCGAGGAGGAUUACAUCUACGAGAACAUUGAGAAUGAGCUUUACUUCUUCACCUCUCAGGAACGGCAAAACAUCAUCAGGUACUGGCUGGAGAACCUGCGCGCCAAGCAGGGCGAGUCGCUGCACAACAUCCACUUCCUCGAGGGGCAGCCCAUCAUCCCGGAGCUGGCAGCCCGCGGCGUCAUCCAGCAGGUCUUCCCCCUGCACGAGCAGAGGAUCCUCAAGCGGCUCAUGAAGACAUGGGUGCAGGCAGUUUGUGAGGCCCAGCCGCUAGAUGAGAUCUGCGACUACUUUGGGGUGAAAAUCGCCAUGUACUUCGCCUGGCUGGGCUUCUACACCUCGGCCAUGGUGUACCCCGCCGUCUUCGGCUCCAUCCUCUACACCUUCACUGAGAGCGACCAGACCAGCCAGGACAUCUGCUGCGUGGUCUUCGCCAUCUUCAACGUCAUCUGGGCCACCCUCUUCCUCGAGGAGUGGAAACGCCGCGGGGCCGAGUUCGCCUACAAGUGGGGGACGCUGGACACCCCGGCCGAGUCCAUCGAGGAGCCCCGGCCCCAGUUCAGGGGCAUUAAGAGAAUCAGCCCCGUGACCAGCGCGGAGGAGUUUUACUACCCACCAUGGAAGCGCUUGCUCUUCCAGUGCCUGGUCAGCCUCCCCGUCUGCCUCGCCUGCCUCUCCCUCGUCUUCCUCCUCAUGCUGGGCUGCUUCCAGCUCCAGGAGUUUGUGCUGAGCAUCCAGGAGCUGCCCCGGAUCAUCCGUUUCCUCCCCAAAAUUGUCCUGGCUGUCAUCGUCACCGCCUGCGACGAGGUUUACAAGAAGAUUGCAUAUUGGUUGAACGACAUGGAAAACUACCGCCUGCAGAGUGCCUACGAGAAACACCUCAUCAUCAAAAUCGUCCUGUUUCAGUUUGUAAAUUCAUACCUGAGUCUUUUCUACAUCGGUUUCUACCUCAAAGACAUGGAGCGGCUGAAGGAGAUGCUGGCCACGCUGCUCAUCACCCGCCAGUUCCUGCAGAACAUCAGGGAGGUGUCGCAGCCCCACUUGUACCGCCGGCUGCGCCGGGGGGACCUCAACCUCUGCAGCCUCCGCCAGCUCGCCCACGCCGUCCUCCAUCUGCUCGCCCCCCACCGCCACCCCCCAGCCCCCCCCGAGGGGUCACGGGGGGAGAAGAAGUGUCUGAAUGGGGGCUGCGGGGUGCCGGAGGAAGAGGAGGAGGAGGAAGAGCGGCGCGAGUCGGAUUCGGAGGAGGAGAGCGCCCUGGAUUGCGGGUUGAAGCUGAAGAAGGUGAGCUUCAUCGAGAAGGCGGAGCGGCGCGGCGGAGAGCCCGGGGGCCCCGAGGACGAGAGCUUUCUUGAGGAGGGCAGCCCCACCAUGGUGGAGAAGGGCAUGGACCCUGCGUCCGUCUUUGAGCUGUGCGAGGAUGAGGAGGAGACCGAAGGUCCCCCCGGUAGCCCGGUCAAGGCGGCAGAGCCGGCGGUGGUCCCACGGGCUGGCCGGAGGAGGCGGACGGCUGAGAGUCGGGAGGAGGAGGAUGGUGAGGAGGAAGGGCGGAGGCGCAACCGGGCGUCGUGGAUUGACCCACCGGAGGAGAACUACUCCACGCAGCUGACGCAGGCGGAGGUGGAAAGCUGCAUGAAGAAGUAUGAGGACACCUUCCAGGACUACCAGGAGAUGUUCAUCCAGUUCGGCUACGUGGUGCUCUUCUCCUCCGCCUUUCCCCUGGCUGCCAUGUGCGCCCUGGUGAACAACAUCAUCGAGAUCCGGAGCGAUGCUUUCAAGCUGUGCACGGGGCUCCAGCGUCCCUUCGGCCAGCGGGUCGAGAGCAUCGGGCAGUGGCAGAAGGUGAUGGAGGCCAUGGGCGUCCUGGCCAUCGUGGUCAACUGCUACCUGAUUGCCCAGUGUGGGCAGCUCCAGCGCCUCUUCCCCUGGCUCAGCCCUGAGGGAGCCAUCAUCUCCGUGGUGGUGCUGGAGCACUUCGUCCUGUUCCUGAAGUACAUCAUCCAAGUGGCCAUCCCCGACAUCCCUGCCUGGGUGGCCGAGGAGAUGGCCAAGCUGGAGUACCAGCGCCGCGAGGCCUUUAAGAAGCACGAGCGGCAGGCGCAGCACCACUUCCAGCAGCAGCAGCGGCGCAAGCGGGAGGAGGAGGAGAGGCAGCGGCACGCCGAGUACCAAGCCCGCAAGGAACGUGAGUCCAGCCGUGACGAGGCCAAGCCCGAGGCCGCCGGGCAGGACCCGGCCCACGAGAAGAGCCAGAGCAAAGGGAAGGGCUCCGGGGGCACCUCGCACGGCUCCGACAAGCCCAAACGACCCAGCUCCCUCUUGGCCACUAACAAUGUGAUGAAGCUGAAGCAGAUCAUCCCUUUGCAGGGCAAAUUCCUCUCCGGGGGGACCGGGGCUGGCAGCACGGCCACUGCCAGGUCCCCCCAGUCCCCCACCGGCAGUGAGAACAAACUCCCUGGCUUCCUCAGCUUCAAGUUCCUGAAAUCCCCCGAGACUAAGCGGGACACAGGGACUGAGAAGGUCCAGUCGCCCACCAAGCCAUUCAAUCCCGGCAAGCUCUUCAACUUUGGCAAGUCCGAAGGGGCCGGGGGCAACGGCACCGCAGCCACUGCCUCCCCCCAGCCCCGGCCCGGCCCCUCGGCGGACACGGGCGAGCGGCUGGUCCCCAGCAAGUCCCAUCUCAAUGGGGUGCCAGAGGAGGGGGGCCGAGAGGAGCCGGAGAGCCGGGCGGAGGAGGAGAGCGGGGGCUAUAAACUCUAA